GGCCGGCGGAAGCGGCGCGGGCGGGGCCAUGUCCGGGAGCGCCGAGCGGCGGCCGCAGUUGUGGAGGAAGGAGGUUUUCCUGCCCCUUGGUACCCCUUUGCAGCCCUAGGUAGUUGGGGUGGAGCAUCGCAGGCUGCAUGUACCGAGUCCUUCAGACCACGGGACCAGAUGGAAAAAACCUCCUGAAAUUGCUCCCCAUUUCCAAACCUUCAGGAAGCUUUGUGCCGCUAGUUCAGGCUCCAGCCAUGCCAAAUAGCCCUGCAGGGAACAUCUCCACCCCUGUCCAUCUUACCUUUAAGACCCAGCUCGGCAGUUCUGCUGCGCCUUCAUCUGUUAAGAUCUUCCAGUCUCCUAAUUCCGGGAAGAUCAUUCUUACAAGGACAUUAGAGAAGCAGGAGGGUGUCAGGGCAGAUUCUGAGAAGGAGGGCUUGGUUCCCGGUGCCAGUGUGCAGGGCAGGGGCUCUGUGCAGGACGUGGCCGUGCCCGGCUCCUCGCCCCAGAGCGGCACAGCCUACAUGGUGGUCAACACAAACCCCCUCCCAGCACAGAACCCCGGCAAGCCCCUGGUGCUGCCCUCCGGCCACCACCUGCAGAUCCCGGCUGAUGCCGAGGUGAAGUCUGUCCCGGCGUCCCUGCUGCCCCCGGCCAUCCAGCAGAAGAUCCUGGCGGCCGCAGCCACCUCUGCGUCCGAUGGCUCCAAGAUGCCGACGGUGAUUUAUGUGUCCCCCGUGAACACCGUGAGGACCCCCCAGGCCCUCUCCAAACGGGUGCAGGCCUUGUGCCCCCAGAGCAGCCCCGAGGCUCCCAGAGCCCUGCUGUUGGCAGCAGCCCCAGAGGGGGCCGGUGCUGGCCUGGCUGAGGGGCCGCGGCGCCGCCAGGCCCCCAUGAAGUGGAUCGUGCAGGAGGCCACUCCGCUCACCCCGUGCCUCAUCCCCGUGAAAUCCUCCAACAACGUGGCUUCCAAGAUCCUGAAAACCCUGUCGGACACCAAGAACGUGGGAGUGAGCUCUGCCAACGUCCUGCCCCUCUGCCCCAGCGGGCCCGAGGCCAGCCAGGCCAAGCUGACGCCGCUGAAGGACAAUGCCCUGGUCAUGUACAACGGGAAGGUCUAUCUGCUGGCCAAGAGGGGCUCUGACAUCCUGGCAGCUCAGGCUGAGAGACAAACCCCCUCCUCUCCUGAGCCCUCACUCAGAAAGGAGACGCCCCAGCGUGUGGACUCCUCUGCUGUCAACCAGAUCACCAGCAAAGUGGUCAACCUGGUGCUGUCCAAGAGCAAAGGGGUGCUGCUGGCCCAGACGGACCCAAACCCACGGGCAGACCUCCAACAUUCCUCCCCAAACGACUCCAGAGCCGCCCCCGCGGCCCCAGUGCUGGCCGGUGCUGCCCAGCAGGAUCCUGGGGCCAUCCAGGGCCAUCCCUGCCCUGCUCCACCCACGGGAGACACCCCGGGCCCGGCUGGGGGGGCACAGGGGCACCAUGGCAGGGACAGGAGUCACCCCGUGCCCAGGGCAGCGGGGGCUGUGUCACCCCAGGGGGAGCAGGAACGGGCUCACAGUGCAGACUGGCCCAAGAUCCGGGGGGAACACAUGGAUUCCCUGGGAGAGCUGGAAACACAACCCCCAAAGCAGCCCCACUGGAAGCAGUACUUGGAAUUAAGGAAAAAAUUUGGGCUCACCAAGGAGGAGAGAGUUUACCUGAGGAGAAUCCCACUGAUCCAGGACUCCUGGGAGAAUCCAGAGGAAAAGGGCUGUUCCAGUGACAGCCUGGAAAGGAGAAGUGAUUCCUGCAGGUCAUCCUCCCUGGAUGUGGAAAUAGGGAACUGCCUGCAGGAAUGCGUUCCAGAGGAAAAGAUCAUUGCGGAUCCGGAGGAGGAUCUGACCAGGAAAAGGAAAAUCAGAUCCUCCCCCCUGUCAGACAGCGGGAAGAGGAGGAGAAACUCCUCCAGAUCCUCCACAAGCCCAAGUUCAGAAACCACCAGUGCGCUUCCCAGGAGCAUUUCACCCCCUCCAGCCUCCCCGGAGCCGAGCAUUCCCACGGGAUCCUCCGGAGCUUCCCAAGGGAGGGACUCGGAGCCAGGGACACCCCCAGCGGGCAGCGCCAGCACGGACUCGGAGAUCCCAGAGCUGGUGGCUCCCAGAGAGGCUCCCUCCCUUCUGGAAGGUUCCUUCCGGGACGACGCUUUCCCGGCGGCUCCCCCGGACCUGGACGAGACGAUCCGGGACGAGAAGAUCAAGCGGCUGAAGCAGCUCCUGCGGGAGAGGGAGGCGGCACUGGAGGAGAUGAGGAGGGAGAUGCAACAGAGCUGAGACCCCCCUGGGCCCCGUUCCUCUGCCAGGGAGAAACCCCCGAUGGAAUAAGCAGCCUCAUGAAUUCCAGGCUGUGGGUGUGUUUGGAAUUCUGUGUGGAAUGCCGGGAAUGGGAGACUUGGAGUGUCUGAUCUCGCCCUGGGACAUGGCCCGGCAUGGGCAGCAGAGUUUCCAUUGCACAGGGCCAGGUUUGGGGCUGGCAAAGGAAUUGUGCAAUCCCAGGGCCUGGUGCAGGCUGGGAAGCCCCUGGGAAGCUGUGGAUGUGCUUUGGGUUGUUCUCCUCAAAUGCAUGAGAACUUUUUUGGUGAAUCCCUGAGAACUUUUUUGUGAACCCUUAAGAACUUUUUCAGUGAAUCCCUGGGAACUCAUUUUGUGAAUCCCUGAGAACAAUUGUCAGGCAGAAGGCUGUGAGCGCUCUGUGGGUUACUGGAUGUAUUUAAGGGAUGUGGGAAUGGGACUGUCAGGCAGUGACAGUGCAGAUAUUUAUACAAACCCUGGAGAAGGAGCCCUGGCUCUCCCUGUGGUUCCUGUGAGCCUUUAUAAGGCCUUGGCCAGCUGUACAAUGUGGGGCUUUGCCCAGUUGGGAGGGUGGGCUGUGGGUUUUUUAACCAGAACUCUGUCAAUAAUAAUUUCUUCAGCCCCAGGUGGUGUCUGUAACAUCCCUGGUGGUGUCUCUGGAUUUGUUGUUCCUGGAUGUGGCUCGUGCCACCCCCAGCUGAUGGUCCCUUGGUGUGUGGGGUGGGAUGACUUUGGACCCCCACUCUCUGUUGUCCGUGUCUUUGGCUCCUGCAGCUCUUCCCACAGCUCCUCCCUCUCUCUGACAACUAUUAAGAACUUUUUAUUUUUUCCCAG